AUGCAUUUCGUAUGCAUCAGCGUGUUGGCGGGCUACGUUUUACCCGGGAAUUCCUGUCCUCGGUGUUUUUGGAGGAUUCAUGCCACUAUCUCAUCUAUUCGGUCCUCUUCAUUACCGCCAGUCCAGUCACAAGUAAUGCCUUGCGUUCAUUCGAAAUUUUUUCAGUAUAAACUGUUUUUUUUUAUGCUUUUUUUAUGUUUUUUUUUAUGCUUUUUAUUGGAUGAGCUUUAAUU